GUUGGUGGCUCCAACAUGUCGUUGCUGUGCCCGACACGAUCAUCGGUGCUGCUGUUAUGGAAACCAUCUCUGACCAUGAUGCUGCCGCUAUUGGGCACAAACAGGGUAGAGGUUGCACGCCCUAGAAAUCCAAAAUUUCUGAGGGCACAGUUGCCACUGACCAGUCGUGUCCGCCUUAGUGUGGCUAGGAAUAAGUCUUGUUCUGCUCGCCUCAUUCGCCUUGUUCAUCCUGCUUGUGGCCGAACGCCGGUCUGUGAGAUGUGGCAAGACUGCAAAGUCAGGUGCAGGCUGAAACACACCGCAGCUCUCACAAUCCCUUGUGUGCUUCAGGUGCGAUUCGCUGGAUCUGAUGAACCACCAUCAAUGCCAUCGUCACCAUCAGGUUCAUUGCCAAGGGUGACCAAUUUCAGGCUGCCAAGGAACUGCAAGGUUCCUUGUGCCUCAGGUCUUCCAGAAUUUCAGUCCUCUGAAAUGGUCCCAAUGACAGAAGCAGUUCCAUCAUUGUCAUCCUUGUCAGGGUUGUUAUGGUCCUCCGGGUCAUUGUGGUCAUCCAGGUUCUCCUGGUCAUCAUUGGCAACAUUGCCAAUGCUGUUCCUGGCAGAUUCAUUGCCAUGGCUGUAUGCAUUGGGGAUAGAGUUUGCAUGCAACCUGAGUUGUCUGGAAAUCCUGACAACCCAGCUGGUGCAGAUUGGCCAUUAUUGCCUCCAUGAUGUUGGCGCAGUGACCAAUUGGAUCACAGCCAUUCCGGUUGGCAGUUCAAGCUUGUUGCCACCAGUUGGGGCUUCUCCACCACCACCACUCUGGCAUGAGGUCAAAAUAUUUCUGGAG